UUGUGUAGUGGUGGUUUUGUGGUAUUUGGGUGUUGGGUUGUGGUUUCGUGAUUGUUGCGAUGGGUUGGUGGUGGUUGGCUAGUGGUCGUGUGAGGUGGUGCUGGUGUAACGAAGUGGUGGUAGGGUGAUGCUGGUGAAAGUAGGUGGUGGUUUGGUAGUCAUAGUUGAAUGGGGGUAGUCAAUGUUGGUCAAAGUGUAGAAGAAUUUGAAGAGAGGGGUAAAAGAAAUAAUUAAAUUGACUUAACAAACAAAGAAUCAAAGAAGUUAUUUCCCUCUCCCUCUCCCUCUCCCUCUCCCUCUCCCUCUCCCUUAUAAGCCCCAAAAACAAACGCCCGUAAAACAAAAAAUAUACAACGAACAACCCCGUUUAAAACCCACUGCCUGCCUCUUGGCGGGUAUUCUGUUAUAUAGCGAUACUCCACUUUCUCCUUCUCUCUCCUAUCUCUCAUUCUCUCUUUCUCUCUCUUUCGCCAUUAAAAUUGCUUUUAAGCUCCUCAAGAGCUUCUCUCUCCUCUGUAAAAUUGAAGUAAAAAUAAAAUUCAGCGACAAUGUUCUACUCACAUCAGCUGCGUGAUCGCGAAGCUCUUAUACGUCAAAUGUGCAAAGAAAUCUUAAAUCCUUCAGUUCCAAUGGCGCUCAAACUGUUGGGAACUGUAAGAGGUGGCGUAGUAAUCGUGAAUGAACACGAAGUUAGUCUCCUCCACGAUCAUGCAAAUCGUCUUCUGGACGAAAUAAAGUCAGCAUGGAAUGUGAAACCUGCUGUGGACCCCACAUUUCUUCUCAAAGAUAAAACUGAAGCCAAGUUUGAAGCCGUGACAUUGCCUGAGAACAAUGCGGAUAUUGGCGAUGUUGAACAGUCUAUUGACUACUCUAACAAGUUCACCGGUAGUGCAACAUUUCAGCAACCGGCUUGCCUUGUCAUGAGGCUGGAUAAUAUUGAUGAGCUUACAGAGAGCUUCAGGGAAAAAGAGACAAAUGCUGGAUGCCAUCAAGAUGGUAAUAUCAGAAAUUCUUCGGUAGCUGAUGACAUUUUUAACCGACAUCCAGUGACACAGACUGAUCAAUCUUUUCCUCAACUCUGGGAGGCUGGACAAGUAACUAUUAAACCCCAGCAACAUUUGCAGAAGCAAAAGCCAGCAAGUAAGGAAGCAAGGGAAGCUCCUGGUAUAAUGGAUAACGAACAGACCAUGAUUCUGAGUAAUCUGUACCAAACUUGUGGCCAAAGUUCAGUUGAUAUACAAGUCAAGUGCCCCAAAACUGCAGAGCAUGCCAAAGCAGAAUCAGCUGUGAAGUUAUCCAAAUUAGUAGAGUUGCCACCAGUAGCACUAUCUUGUGAGUUAGUCGGAAGAAACCAUGACGUUUAUUAUCCAAAACCGAAUCUAGACCUGUGGAUAACAAGUAUGCAGCCUUUGCAAGAUUCACCUUUUGAUUCUGGUAGGUGCUACAGGAAGGACUACCUCAUGUUCAACGGUGUGGGCACAUCUAAUCCAAGUGCUACAGCCGCUAUCUCUGAUUCCAGCCCAGGUCCUGGUUUUGUUGAGCCACCUCAACCAAGCUUAAUUGCUGAUCAUGGAACUCCUCAAACUCAGCGUCCUGCUUUUCCGCAGCAACCAGAAAAUAAUGCAGCUCCUGGUUUGCCGCGACCAAACGCAGCAUCGCCUGAAAAUCACGUUCCAAUUCGAGGCCCUACCCCAAUCCAAGGACCUGCCCGAAUCCGAGGCCCUGUCCCAGUCCCACAGGAAACCCCAAUCCCCAUUUUAUUUGCACAUCCGACCGGAGGUCCCCAGUAUGCAGACGACUUUUUUGAUAAUUUGGAGCUUAUUGGUAUGACUACCCGAGAGGAAUGUCUUCCACUGGGAAACAUUCAAGCUUUACAGCCCCACAUUGAAGCUUUAGUGUCGCAUCACCACCUCGUGACUAAUAUCCCCUUCUUCUCCAUGCUCUUACAGCAUGACAAACCUCGUUACAAUACCCGGUUCUUGACCCUUCCUAUCCUCUAUGACCGGCUGAUUACCCUUACUGAUAGGAUAAUAAUACUUCAUCCUGAUUACAUUCGUCAUAAUAGGUUGGAAUCCUUGUAUGUUGAAUUGUUGAUGAUAAACAAUUAAUGAACUCAUGUGUGUUAGCAUUGCAUUUAUGUUGAUAAUAAACAAUUAAUUCUUGUUAGCAAUGUUUUGUUUUAUUCCUUUACUUCUUAUUUAAUUAUGUGACUUUAACUAUUUUUUUUUAUAUUCUUUGAAAAGGAAAUUUAUAUACUCAGUUUAAAUUUUAAACUUGUUUGAGUUGAUAUUAAGUCAUAAUGGGUGAUUUCUUUAACUUGUAUGUCAAUUUGAUAAAUUGUCACAUUUUAUCUAUUUUGUUUUAAUGUCCUUGAGUGACAUUAAGUUUACGUUGGGUGAUUCAAUUAAAGUUUAAUGUCGAUUUGAUAAGUUGCUUUUCGAAUAGUGUUUUUGUUGACACUAUAGGUUUCAAUGGGUAGUUCCAUGCACA